AUGAAGUUGUGUCAAUUGAUUGGAUUAUUGCUAAUAGGAUCGGCAAUCGCCUUUCCAAUUGAGGAAUUCGGCCAGGAGGAGAUCCCAACUGACAAUGACGGUGGUAUGGAGCAUGUCCCCACAUGGUCACUGGUUCCGGACGGUGACGGUCGCUUACAUUUGGUCAAUACCGAUCCCUAUGGUCUGGCUGGGCAAGAAGAACCAGAAUUACAUUUUAAUUCGGAUGCCGAUACCAUCUUCCGAUUGUUUACUCGCAACAAUCGCAAUUCACCGCAGGUUAUCACACUCGGUAAUGCAGGAUCGCUGGGUGGUAAUUGGAACGGAGGUCGACAAACUCGCCUGAUUAUCCAUGGCUGGAACAAUAAUGGAGAUUCUGGAGUUAACGUCAAUAUUCGCAAUGCGUAUUUGGAUCGUGGUGACUUCAAUGUAAUAACCGUUGAUUGGGGAAGAGGUGCUCAAAACCCGAAUUACAUCACGGCUAGAAAUCAUAUCAAUGCGGUUGGAGCGACGGUUGGACGAUUCGUGGAUUUCCUAAACCUGAACGGUGGAAUGUCGUUCAACAAUGUAUACAUCGUCGGACACAGCCUGGGAGGUCACACGGCAGGUAUAGCAGGAAAGAGAGUAGCCCGGGGUCGUUUGCAUACGGUGGUAGCACUGGAUCCAGCAUUACCACUGUUCUCGAUCAACUCACCUGGAGAACGAGUGGCACCAACAGACGCCAAUUACGUCGAAGUUAUUCACACCAAUGGUGGCUUGCUCGGGUUCGAUCUACCGAUUGGUCAGGCUGACUUCUACCCGAACGGUGGACGGACUCAACCGGGAUGUGGCACGGAUAUAGCAGGAAACUGUGCGCACAGUCGUGCAUGGGAGUUCUUUGCAGAAUCGGUGCGAAGUGGACGAUUCAAUUCGGUACGUUGCCAAAACUUUGAACAAGUGUGGAACGAAAACCGUUGCGUCUCGAGCGGUCCGAAUCGGAACAUGGGUGGAGAACCAUCCAACAUUGGACUCGCGACCGGAAUCUAUCAUCUGACGACGAAUGCGCAGAGUCCAUUUGCACGGGGCUAG